AGCCAGUCCAGCAGGAUGAUCCUCACUCUCUCCCUGGGCCUCUUGGUCCUGGUGCACUGUAGCUGGAGUGCAUCUCUCCCAGCUCAGGUCCGCCAGACUCGUCCUCUCCUCUUGGAGCCCAGCUGCAGUGACUCUCAAGUGUUGUCUGUGGCGGGCCUUGCUUUGGAAAAGAUCAAUGAGGACCGGAAGGAAGGCUAUGUCUUCAGCCUUAAUCGAGUGGUUGAUGUCCGAGAACAUCGUCAGGCAGGUUCAGGCUCCGUGUACUACCUCACCCUUGAUGUGUUAGAAACGAAUUGUCACGUGCUCAGCAAGAAACACUGGAAGGAUUGUAAGAGGCUGCCACAGUAUUCAAUUUAUGGCCGGUGCAAAGCCAUAUUUUAUGUUAACUUGCCAAGAAGAAUUCUCUACUUACCUGCCUAUAAUUGCACCAUUCGUCCAGUUUCUACAGAAGACAUGUCCAGACUGUGCCCCAUUUGCCCUGUGCUCAUUCCCAAGAACAUGUCAGAUCCAGCGAUUUUACAAACUGUUAGUGGAUCUCUGGAAAAAAUCAAUGAGAACAUUGCAGUGGGGAAGAAAUUUCAUCUCUUACAAGUCAUCAGAGUUUUUACCAAGUGGACAAUGGACUCUCUCCUCCUCGUGGAAUUCUCAGUCACCGAGUCGCCCUGCAACGAGUCACUGCCUGACCAAUGUCUUCAGCCACCUGCUGAUGCCCAGCCCGUAGGGAUUUGCCUAGGUUCUGUAGAUCGCAAGACCUUCCUAAAAUACGUCUUUAGUUCGUGUGAAUUCUUCCAAAGCCAGCCAACUUCAGCCCCUGAGAGCCAUUCUCCAGAGCACCAGGUUCCCCAGAAAAUGGCCUCCUCCACGGAUGCACCCCCACUGGAGGGGCCGAAGGGAUCUGUCCAGUUUUUGUUUGACCCGUCUGUAGGGAAGAUUGAAGACAACCAGGAAAAGAAACCCCUCCUGACUUUCCCUGAACGUGUCAGCUUGACUACAGAGCCCCUGGGAGAGGUCCUACACAUACCAUCCCAUUUCCUGCUGGAAAAAGAGGAGCUGCCCAUUGUGCUUCCUUUCCCAGAAGGAUCAAGAUCAAAUGAGUGUCCAGGACCUGCUGAGUAUGCUAAUUUUCUGAUUCUUCCACCAUGAAUGUCAAUUUCCCUCUCUCUCUCUUUCUUUCUCUCUCUCUCU